UUUCCUUCUUACACACUCUGAUCUCACUUUCGGUGCCCUUCUGACACUGAUCAAUCCCACUUCUACUCUCCACACUCACCAAACCCACGCCUACUCUCCAACACUGAUCGAACCUACACCUACUUUUCAACACUGACAGUCAGUCAACAACCAAACAAAAACAUCCUUCAUCCAAAUCAGAAUCAACAACUUCCACGCAAAACACCACCAAAAUGGCUCUCAUCAAGUUCCUCGUCACCGCCCUCGCGGCCACCCUCAUGUUCACUUCAUCCGUCCUGGCCAACCCAAUUCCAGCCCUCACCGAUGCGACCACCACCCCAGAUACCACUGCCAACCAUCUCGAGAAGCGCACUUGCAACGAAUUCGGAUGCGGCCUCAAGUGCAAGAGCUCUAUCCCCUGCAACAUCCCGAUCAACGAGCCCCGCGACUGCUCCGUCUGCAACUAUUUCACCUACGCUGCUGAUGGCACAGCUAAGCUGCUUUGGGAUCGUCAGUGUCUCUUGAUCCAGUGGGAUGUGGAUCCCCCUCUGUCUCAUUGCUAGGAGCCAAGUCAUUUUCGAUUCACCCGGCGAGGGCGUGGCACAGGCUGCGGUUCUCGGGCAUGGGAAUGGAGUCGAUGCUUGUGUGCAGAUCUGGUUUGCUGGCACUUAAUGCUUGUGCGAUGGAUGCCUGCGUUGUAGAGUCAUCAUGACUGCUACAUUACGAGAUAGGACCGACUUAUGGAAGCUAUGAGACCCAAAAAGAAAUGAG